GACAUUGGUUCCAUGAGUACUUAAACCCAGGAUUCUUCUUCCUGACACGUUAUUGUUGCAUCAGCAUCCAGCAGAGUCGCAAUGUCCACCUCAGGAGAGCAAGCCUUUGAGUAUGGCUUCUUGCUCCAAAUAAAAGAGGAUGCCGCACUGGCAGUGGCACUGAAUGACUACCUAACCACUCGCAGCUACCUGGCUGGUUUCAGCCCUUCACAGGCUGACCGGAAAGCAUUUAAGCUUCUCCACAGGCCCCCAGACCCACAACAUGUCCACGCUCUGCGUUGGUACAGACACAUAACAUCCCUGCAGCAGGACCUGAGCCCAGACAGCAGCAGGAAAGGAAAGAGGGUGCAGCCCCAGUGGUCUCCGCCAUCUGGGACAGAUGUUCCUCGGCUUCGACUCUACAAUAGUCUCACCAGAGCAAAGGAGCUAUUUGUUCCUCAGAAUGGAAACAAGGUCACCUGGUACAGCUGCGGGCCGACAGUAUAUGACGCCUCCCACAUGGGACAUGCCAGAUCAUACAUCUCUUUUGAUAUCCUCCGAAGGGUAUUGAAGGACUACUUCAAGUAUGAUGUUUAUUACUGCAUGAACAUCACAGACAUAGAUGACAAAAUCAUCAAAAGGGCGCGUCAAAACUAUCUAAUGGAACAGUACAAGGAGAAGCAACCACAAGCUGCUCAAAUACUGAAGGAUGUGCUGACUGCCCGAGGGCCCUUUCAGGCCCGUUUGGCCACAACUACUGACGCAGAUAAGAAACAGAUGCUAGAAAGGCUCGAUGCCUCCAUCACUGGCGCUCUAAAGCCUCUUCAGGCAGCGUUGGAGAGUAAAGCAGCAGAUGAUGUGGUGCAACCUCUGGCCCAGGCACUACUGGCAAAUUCCAAGGACAUGCUGUCUGACUGGCUGGACAGUCAGUUUGGAAGUGAAGUCACGGACAACUCAAUCUUCACAAGUCUGCCUAACUUUUGGGAGGGAGAGUACCAUAAAGACAUGAAUGCCUUGAACGUUCUUCCUCCUGAUGUCCUUACUCGCGUGAGCGAGUAUGUGCCAGAAAUUGUGGAGUUUGUGAAGAAGAUUGUCUCAAAUGGAUAUGGGUAUGAAUCGAAUAGCUCCGUUUACUUCAACACUGCAAAGUUUGAUGCCAGUCCACAGCACUCGUAUGCCAAACUUGUGCCAGAGGCAGUUGGAGAUCAGAAGGCUUUACAAGAGGGAGAAGGUGACCUGAGCAUUUCUGCGGACCAAUUAAUUGAGAAAAAGUCACCUAAUGACUUUGCCUUGUGGAAAGCAUCCAAGCCAGGAGAGCCUUCGUGGGACUCUCCUUGGGGAAAGGGAAGGCCUGGAUGGCAUAUUGAGUGCUCGGCCAUGGCUGGCUCCAUGCUGGGGGAGUCUAUGGACAUUCAUGGUGGUGGCUGUGAUCUCAGAUUCCCCCAUCAUGACAACGAGCUGGCUCAGUCUGAGGCUUACUUUGAGAAUGAUCACUGGGUCCGUUACUUCUUGCACACUGGUCACCUGACAAUUGCAGGGUGCAAAAUGUCAAAAUCUCUGAAGAAUUUUAUCACCAUCAAGGAGGCCUUGGCAAAAAAUACAGCCCGCCAGCUUCGUCUAGCUUUCUUGAUGCAUUCAUGGAAAGACACCUUGGAUUACUCCCCCAACACUAUGGAGUUAGUUGUCCAGUUCGAGAAGUUCCUGAAUGAGUUCUUCUUAAAUGUGAAGGAUAUUAUGCGUGCACCUACAGACAUCACUGGGCAGUUUGAAAAGUGGGAUGACGCAGAGGUAGCACUUAAUAAAAGCUUUUUCGACAGGAAGUCAGCCAUCCACGAGGCUCUGUGUGACAACAUUGACACCCGCACAGUCAUGGAGGAGAUGAGGCAAUUGGUUAGCCACAGUAACAGCUACAUCGCCAGCAAGAAAAGUGCUAAGCUGGCACCCAACCGCAUGCUAAUGGAAAGUAUCGCCAUGUAUCUCACCCAAAUGCUCAAGACAUUUGGUGCAAUUGAAGGAUCAGAGCCCAUUGGCUUCCCAGUUGGAGGAGAAGGACAGAAUGUUGACUUGGAGAGCACUGUGAUGCCUUACCUUUCAGUCCUCUCGAAGUUCCGAGAGCAAGUCCGAACAAUUGCCAGAGAGCAGAAGGUCAUGGAGUUGCUGCAGCUUUGUGAUGAUGUCCGUGAUGUAACAUUACCGGAGCUGGGUGUCCGACUUGAAGAUCAUGAAGGACUGGCAUCCGUGGUGAAACUGGUGGACAAGGAGAUUUUACUGAAAGAAAGGGAAGAGAAGGUCAAGCUGGAGGAAGAGAAGCAGAGGAAGAAAGAGGAGGCCGCCAGGAAGAAAGAAGAACUGGAGAUGGCAAAGCUGGCUAAAAUGAAGAUCCCUCCAUUUGAGAUGUUCCUCGCAGACACGGACAAAUAUUCCAAAUUUGAUAAAACGGGUUUCCCCACUCAUGAUGCUGAAGGGAAGGAACUCAGCAAAGGUCAAGAAAAGAAGCUGCGCAAGCUUUUUGAAAACCAAGACAAGAUACAUAAAGAGUAUCUUUUGAGCAAAGGCGUGCAGUCAGUGGUGGCAAAAAAAUAAUUGAAUUAAUAUUUUUCAAAAAUUUGAUUCAAUCAUCUGUGUUUAGUUUUUUUUAAAAAUACCAAUAAUGUCUUGUUUCACAAAACUGCUGCAUUUUUGUAUACCAUGACUUAAACUCUCAAUAUUGGUCUACCAUUUGAAAAUUGCCUUCAAAUCAAAAAGGAAAGUGAAUUUUUAAUGUCCGUCUCCUAAAAUCACGGCAAAUACAUCACUGUGUUUAGCUCCUAAAUGUGUACAUUUGACUUUGCCAAUGCCUCACCAUGAACCUCAACACACAGCACGCCAUUGCUUGAAAGCCCCAAACUGACAAGACUGCAGACUAGCAACAGGGUAAAGGCCUGAGAUGAUUGAGCCACCUUAACAAACGCAAAAAUGUGGGGGUAUCCUCUCUGCUUCUAAGAUCUCACAGUGAACACAUUUUGUGUGCUUUGAUCAAAGGUCCUUCUGCUCUGAAAGUGUCGCAGGCAUUUGUUGCCUAUACCCACGACCUUCCAUCAAUCAAAUGCUAUAUUCGGUGACAGUAUUGGCCACUUUUUCCGCAGCGUUCGUGAAACGCAGGCCCAUCCAGAUUCAGAAAGCCAAACCCCAAAAAAAGAAGCCAGUGGUCACAUUUAUUCGGUGUAGCCCUAAAAAUCACUCAAAAUUGAAUGUGUCUCGAUUAUAACUCCCAAUUGAAGAUUCCGUUCCGAAUAGCAGAAUACAUGUGAAGGAUUCCAAAUGUAAGGCAAGGGUAGAUACCUCACAAAUUGUGGAACGAUAUGAAGACUUUUUAAAAUGCAAAGACGGGUGCCCACAGUUCAUAUCAGGUGACUAAAUUAUUUGAUGAAGUAAUUCUAAAUGACUUGGUGUGUUUUUGGACACGGUGUUCUAGUUACCAGGGCGGCCCGGUAGUCCAGUGGAUAGCAUGUCGGCUUCACAGUGCAGAGGUACCGGGUUCGAUUCCAGCUGCGGCCUCCCUGUGUGGAGUUUGCAUGUUCUCCCUGGGGCUGUAUGGGUUUUCUCUGGGUACUCCGGUUUCCUCCCACAUUCCAAAAACAUGCCUGGCAGGCUGAUUGGAUGCUCUAAAUUGUCCCUAGGUGUUGGAUUGAUUUUUAGUCGUCAUACAUUCGCUUAUGCCUGACAUCAUAAAUUGAUUAUGCCUGCAAUGAAGAACGCUUCUGCUUUUAAUAAAGAUACAAGUAUUAAGACUAAACAGUGAGCAAGGGUGAAUAGUGAAUGGAGCCAUCAACACCAGCUGCGGCGCGAUGUUUUUGUGACAAUUGCACACAUGUAAGUAAUUUGCACUCACAUACACACACAUAGUCAAACAAGUUCAGUGUGUGUGUUCAACAGCCCCCACCCUUUAGGUUGGACACACCUAUGUAGUAUGGUAGCUUUCCCAAUAAAUGAGGAGGUGAAGGGGGAGAUCGUUACGUGCGGAGAACUGAAACCGAACGCUUCUCCUCGUUCCCUCCUUGUACCAGAAUCGAGUCUCCUGUCGCUUCCUUUUGUUUAUUCCUGAGUGUCAAAUUGGACAAACCUGACACUUGGUGUGAGUGUGAGUGCGAGUGGUUGUUCGUUUCUGUGUGCCCUGCGAUUGGCUGGCAACUGAUUCAGGGUGUCCCCCGCCUACUGCCCGAAGACGGCUCCAGCAUCCCCCGCGAGCCUAGUGAGGAUCAAGCGGUUCGGAGAAAGGAUGGAUGGAUGGAUAUUCUAUUUACCGUAUAUUGAUAUACUGUAUAUUCAGUCAUUGUCACAACCUUAUGUUUACUUACCAUUUACUUCCUUGCUCAAACAGGAUUCAGUGUGGAAGACUAGUAUCUGUCGACAAAUACAAAUGUGAUAUUCUCUUGGAAAUGUCUUCAAAUAAAAACUGCAAUAUUUU